AUGCCUCGUGGGCAGAAGAGUAAGAACCGUGCUCGUGAGAAACGUCGCCAGGCCCGGGCUGAAACCCAGGGUCUUCAUGAUCAGGCCACCACAUCUGGGGGAGAAGAGACCACCUACUCCUCUCCUCCUGAUUCAGAGAGCGCUCCCUCAAGCUCAUCUGCUGCUGGCAUCCGCAAAGAGCCUCAGGGAGCCCAAGGCACCACCAGUGCUACUGCAGGUGCUAUACGCAAAAGAUCUGAUAAUCCCUCUCAAGCCACUGAGGAAAUUGGGAAAACAGAUGAUCCCUCUCAGGCCCCUCCCUCCAACGUGCGGUCUGGAAAACGCUCACUAACCAGGCCGACGUAUCAGUUGGUGCAGUUCCUGUUACACAUGUAUAAGACGAAAAAGCCCAUUAGGAAAGUGCAUAUGCUGAAGAUCAUUGAUAAAAAGUACAAAAAUCGAUUCCUCAGGAUCCUCAAAAGAGCUUCUGAGAGCAUGGAGGUGUUAUUUGGUAUUGACGUGAAGAAAGACAACACUGCCAAGCAUUCUUAUGUCCUUGUCAGCAAGAUGAAUCUCCCCCGCAACGGGAUCGUGCACCGUGGCAGGGGUUUUCCCAAGACCGGUCUCCUGAUGAAUAUCCUGGGUGUGAUCUUCAUGAAGGGCAACUGCGCCACAGAGGAAGUCAUCUGGAAUUUUCUGGGUAAGAUGAAAAUCUAUGCUGGGAAGAGGCACUUCUUAUUUGGGGAGCCCAAGAAGCUCAUCACCCAAGAUUUGGUGCAGCUGAAGUAUUUGGAAUAUCGGCAAGUGCCCGGCAGCAACUCCUGCCUGCGGUUUCUGUCCACGGCCGUCAUGCCCCGUGGGCAGAAGAGUAAGAACCGUGCUCGUGAGAAACGUCACCAGGCCCGGGCUGAUACCCAGGGUCUUCAUGAUCAGGCCACCACAUCUGGGGGAGAAGAGACCACCUACUCCUCUCCUCCUGAUUCAGAGAGUGCUCCCUCAAGUUCGUCUGCUGCUGGCACCCCCAAAGGGCCUCAGGGAGCCCAAGGCAUCACCAGUGCUGCUACAGGUGCUAUACGCAAAAGAUCUGGUGUCGGUGCCGAGGGCCAAGUUCAGGGAGGUGAAAAUUCUUCUCAGGCCUCGGUUGCUGCUGAGAGCUCUCACACAGAUCCUCUGAACAAGAAGGUAGAGGUCUUGGUGCAGCAGAUGCUGUAUAAGUAUAAGGUGAGGGAGCUCAUUAGGAGGUCAGAAAUGCUGAAGGCAAUCAAUAAAAGGUACAGGGCGCAAUUCCCUGAGAUCCUCAGGAGAGCCUCUGAGCUCAUAGAGAUGGUGUUUGGCCUGGUCCUGAAGGAAGUCAGGCCCAGCAGUCACUCCUAUAUCCUGGUGAGCAACCUAGAUCUCAGCGACAGUGAGUCUAUGAGAGGUGACCGGGGGCUACCAAAGAAUGGUCUUCUGAUGCCUCUGCUGGGUGUCAUCUACCUGAAUGGCCACCGCCUCUCUGAGGAGGAGGUCUGGAAGAUCAUGAAUUUUCUGGGCGUCUAUGAUGGAAGAAGGCACUUCAUCUUUGGAGAUACCAGGAAGUUCCUCACAGAAGAUCUGGUGCGGGAAGGGUACCUGAAGUACCGCCAGGUGCCAGGCAGUGAUCCCCCUCGCUAUGAGUUCCUGUGGGGUCCGAGAGCGCUCAUGGAAGCCAACAAGAUGAAAGUCCUGGAGUUUUUGGCCAAGGUCAAUGAUACAGUCCCUGCUACCUUCCUAGAGCAUUUUGAGGAGUCUUUCAGACAGGAAGAAGAGAGCACCAGGGCCAGAGAUGUAGCCACCAGUGCUGGCCCUUCUGCCUCGGCCAGUGCCCAGGCUAGGGCCGCAUCCAGCCGGUCAUCUCGCCCCUAG